AUGAAGGCUGAAGGAACUGUGGCACGCAGUGACCAAUGUGGAGCUGAUGAUGCAGGAGGGGAAAGCCAUGCUGCAAGUAGCAUCUGCGGUGGAGCUUAUUUCGUGGCAGGAGAUCUCCGUGACGGAGGUGGAGAUGCGAAGGGUGAUGACAACAACGAAGAUUAUGACACAGCAGUUGCCAGCUGCAAUAGUGUUCAAGAUGCUGUACAGGGCGCUCGUGUUGAAGAUGGUGAGUUAAACUGCAAUGACCACAAUGCGUGUGGUGAUACUGCACGUGAUGGAGAUAAAAGUACAGCAGACAUCAGCCUCAGUAGAGGGCACGAUUGUGAAGGCUAUGAAUGUUAUCAAAGUGAUGAUGUUGCAGGUGACAGCUGUGAUGGAGACAAAGGUGCGGUAAGUGUCAGGUACAGUGGUUCGUAUGAUGCGGAAGCCAAUGAUACAGCAGGUGAGAGGUGUGUUGGAGACAGUGAUGCAGCAAGUGUCAAGUUUAGUGGAGAUCAUGAUUUUGAAGGCAAUGAAUCUUAUGAAAGUGGUGAUGCUGAAGGAGACACCUGUCGUGGAGACAAUGAUGCAGAAAGUGUCAGCUGCAAUGGAGUACAUGACUUGGAAGGAAGUGGCUGUUAUGAAAGUGCUGUUGCUGCAGUUGAAAGCUGUGAUGGAGACUAUAAUGCAUCAGAUGUUAACCUCAAUGGAGGGCACGAUUUUGAAGUUAAUCGUUGUUGUGUGCGUGGUAAUUCUGAAGGUGACAGCUGUGAUGGUUACAAUGAUGCAGCAGGUUCCAGACUAAAUGGAGGGCUUGAUUUGGAAGUCAAUGGCUGUUACAAAAGUGGUGAUCUUGCAGGUGAUAGCUGUGAUGGAGACAACGAUGCAUCAGGUGCCAGCCCCAUUAGAGAGCAUGAUCUGAAAGCCAAUGGCUCUUAUGAAAGUGGUGAUGCUGUGGAUGGGAGCUACAAUGGAGAUGAUGCAGCAGAUGUCACCUGUAAUGGAUGGCAUGAUCUGGAAGUCACUGGUGGUGAUGAAAGUGGUGAUGCAGCAGGAGGUAGCUUUGAUGCAGCUGAUGAUGCAGUAGGUGAUGGCCAUACUACAGAAGUUGAUGUUGCACUCUCUUACACCACCACAGAGGUGCUGGCUGAAGACAAAGCUUUUCUCUCAGAGGGGCAGGUAAACAGUUUUGCAGGCCCUCCACCUUUUGCGACAGCUUUUUUGUUAACUGGAGCUCCAGCUAAACGUGCAUUUACAAAUAGGUGA